AUGUGUCUCGCUUUUCAGUCUCUGCCUGCUCGGACGCUGGAGCAGGUUUUUGGCCCGCCUGAGAAUGGAAAGUACCCCGGCAUUGGAUUAAAUGUUGUUUCGCCUCUUUUUCAAGGCAGGGAGCUGGGAUAUACUGUUCGUGAUCAGGCCGUGUGCUUACUGGAAGAGUCUCCCGAUCCGGAAAUCAAGAAAUGGCCAAGCUUCCGAAGUAGUUUAAAGGCUCAGCGGGACCAAGAUAGCCAGCAGUCCCAUAAGAGCGUUAAAUCGUCGUUCUGGAACAGCAUGACCCCAUUCGAUCAUCUUGCAGCAUUAUGGGACGCCAUAGAAACAAAUACUGAGCUGGAAAACCCCCACUUGCCGCAACCUGAGGAUAGCAUAUGGAGAAUACAGGAAGAGGAGCCCAUAGAUCUCAGCUCUUGGUUCGAAUCGGUAUCGGCUAGCAUAUUGCAGCAGGGCAAUUUGACACAGGCUGACCUUGAAAGUCCUUUUGGCAGCACUCGAGCCCCGAUCGGUAUCAUCCUAGAUCAUGCACCGUCGUGUGCAUAUGGGGAUGGCCGGCCUAAUCUUCCAUGGGGGUUGCAUGAGAGCGGCUUCACCGAAACAAACUCGUUGAUCUGGUCCUUCAAUCUCCAGAAAUUUACAUACAUCUCCGGUACAUUUCAGGCAGCUCCACUUCAUAUUGCUGAUGAACAUAUGCUCUCUGCACACACCUGGCGGCUCAUCUGUGGAAGCCAGAUGCGGGUGAUCUUGCUAUGUGGCCAUAAUUCGGAGAAAAUAGCAAUGCCGGCCAAUAUACGCCUCAGGAGUUUUAUUCUGAAACUACAUGAUUUUGAGUAUGAAGUAUGGCUUGAUAUCGAAGAGUCUAGGAUUAACCGAACUUUUAUUCGCUCGCCUGCUCCUCUCGGCGGCCUUUGGGCUACCAAAGCCAGAGAGGCAUGUCAGUUAGGGACAUUAUUUCGAUUUGUUUCCGAUAUAACCGGCAAGAAGCUUAGACAGGGCUUUUAUGAGUCAGCUGUUUCGCUUGCUCUGAUAACUCGGAACUGGGACGAUGAAAACAAUCAAAAAAUUGAGAAAAUAGCCCCGGCAAAUCUCGAGCCCCUCCUGCAAGCUUGGUUGGCAAAGAAUGGUUUCGAGACUGAGGAGCAGAUUCGUCGACUUGAACAGUCUGCUGGGGGCUCUUUGCGCUACGGUCUUCUCGUCCUUAGCCUUGUUGUUCCCAGACAAGUAAGGUCAACUGAUGUACGCCGAAUCCCUGAUUCAAAAGCCAAGCGACGUGGCACUAUAUACAGAAACAUCCUAAGCGCAGUCAAAUCACUUUAUCUAGAACUUCAUCCCGGGAGCUCAACACCUAAAGAGCACAAAGUGACUGGUGAGUACAAUGCGGCUGAUGAGCAUGCCAUCCAUGAAGCAGCUAUGUGUGGAGUUAUGCUGGAUGAUGAAGAUUCAGACCGAGAAUAUACUGAAAUUCCGGAACCAAAGCUAGCUGCAAACACGCGAAUUGGCAAUUUCAAGAACCGGUUGUGUCUGGCCUUGGGCUGCUGGUAUCAAGGCCGUGAGCGAGCUCCAGGCCAUUAUAGUGUGGACAUCCAGCAUACCAAGAUCUACAUAAACGCGACCAGGGAGAACCACUAGGGAGGAUUCUGGGUCAAGGCUGAACUUUCCCCACCUGGUGUUAGAAACCCCAAUGUCUGGGCGCAAGAUAUCAGGGAUGGGGACCCCGGAGCUCGACUGGCAUUCCGCAUUUCAGUAAAGGAAUCUGAUGGUCAAGAGACCUUUGUCCGAUAUGCAAGCCAUAAAAGCUGGCAGUCGUGCUGCAAAGCAAAUACACUUGUGGAUGAGCUUAAUGGUGACCAGCUUCUUGAGAUAUAUACUCGUCCUCGGCGCUUCAUCGACAUUGAUCACCGAAAUACCAGGAUACUUGCAGCUUACCCGGCAUUGAAGAGUUUUAUUGGGGGUGCAUUUACAAAUGACAAUGGAGUGGUAAUGUCCC